GUUGAAUAUUAUUUGCUUUACAAUUAUGAAAAUUUAGAAGAUAUACAUGUUGUAUACAGCCAUCCCGAGGCCUUUAAAGAAUGUAAAGAUUGGCUUGCCGAAAAUCUUCCAAAAGUAAAGAAAAAGGAGGCAAAAUCAACAAGCGAAGCAGCGCGGUUAGCAUCCCAAGAACCAAACGCAGCGGCUAUAUCUAGUAAAGAAUGUGCCAAAAAAUAUGGGUAUGGGAAAAGUAUGGAAGCAGAAAAAGACAAAACUCGCUUUUUGGUGUUGGGCAAACCUCUCGAUGAAGUAGAAAGUGAUAAACAAAAAAUCUUAGUUUUAGUUAAAAAAACGGAGUCAGGAGAAGGAGAGUUUCCUCCUGCUCUCAAAAAGCUUCUCGAUGAAUAUGAAAUUGAAAAGAAACUUAUUUCUAGUUCUUUCUUUUUCUUUGAGUUAGAGGGACAGGAAAAUAAGGAAAAAGAAAUUUUAGAAAAUUACAGCCCGAAAUAA